UGAGUUCGUGCGUCACUUCCUCCCGGAAGCGAGUCUGGACGGAUGUCUACUGCGCGUCCGUGUGCGGGGCUGAGGGCCGCUGUGGCGGCCGGCAUGGGGCUGAGCGAUGGGCCAGCGGGCUCUAGCCGCGGCUGCCGCCUUCUACGCCCUCCCGCGCCCGCUCCGGCGCUUCCAGGGGCCCGGCUGCUGCGGCUUCCGGAGAGCGAGGCCGUGGAGGCCGCAAGCCCCGAGCGCUCCGGUUGGACCGAGGCGCUGCGGGCCGCCGUGGCCGAGCUGCGCGCCGGCGCCGUGGUGGCGGUCCCAACUGACACGCUGUACGGUCUGGCCUGUUCGGCGAGCUGCUCGGCGGCUCUGAGCUGUGUGUAUCGCCUCAAGGGCCGCAGUGAGGCCAAGCCGCUGGCCGUGUGCCUGGGCCGCGUGGCCGACGUCUACAGGUACUGUCAGGUGAGAGUACCUAGGGAGCUCCUGGAAGACCUGUUCCCAGGACCUGUGACCCUGGUGAUGGAACGCUCAGAGGAGCUCAACAAAGACCUCAACCCCUUUACUCCUCUCGUUGGCAUCCGAAUUCCUGACCAUGCCUUUAUGCUGGACUUGGCCCAAAUGUUUGGGGGACCACUUGCACUCACGAGUGCCAACCUCAGCUCCCAGGCCAGUUCUCUGAGUGUUGAGGAGUUCCAAGACCUCUGGCCUCAUUUGUCCCUUGUCAUUGAUGGGGGGCCAAUUGGGGAUAGUGAAAGCCCUGAGUGUCGUCUUGGCUCUACUGUGGUUGACUUGUCUGUGCCUGGAAAGUUUGGCAUUAUUCGCUCAGGCUGUGCCCUGGAAAACACUACAGCCAUCCUCCAGGGGAAAUAUGGGCUGCUCCCUUCACAGGGGUCCUGUUCAUGAAACUUGGGAGGACCCAAGAACCAUGCUGGAUACUAUGUGUCUACUACAGGUUGGCAAAGCCUCAUUGGCUGAGGUUCCUGGAGCUACAUCUGUAGCCUAGCUUUUUAGGCAGUGUCCUUGGCUCUGAAUCCUGUAGGCCAGCCAGAAGCUGCGGGUUGAGCCUUGCACCCAGGGGAAGGUUAUAUUUACUCUGUAGAUUCAUAUGUCAACGGAGAAUGGAGGGAAGAACAUCCUUAGAGUGACCUUACUAUUUUAAGUGCCCUCUCACCCCAGCCCUGCCUAUAAGUUAAGUAACUUGACUGCAGAAUUAGAAUGCAUUAAGAGCUGCUUUCUGGUGAACAGUGAAAUUUGGUUUCAAACCAGCCAGAAGCACUAAUGCAGUCUAGAAGUCUCAGGACCAAUGCAGCAAAGUCUAGGAGCCCUGGCCAGAGCUUUCUGGGUACAGGAGAGUGGUCAUUUGGAGAAAAUUAUUCUAGGAGUUCCAAAUGAAAUAAUAUUGAAAAAUAAAAUCUUGACUGUUUUCAGCCAGUGACUUUCUUAUUUAUUGGUAUAGUUCUCUGUUUAAUUUAUUUAACUCAGAAGUCAUCUUUGUUCAUAUGUCUACUGGGUAUUUACAUAAUUAUUUUUAAGUAUUUGAACUGUAUUUCUUUAUUAUUAAAUAUUUCUUCUACAAA